AUGGCUAAUAUUCUGCUUGCAAAGCGUGGUUCCACCCCAAUCCAGACUGUCGGCCAGAAAUGGGUAUAUAAUUAUACUCAACGCCACCCGGAGCUUGAGUCUCGCUUGUCAAGGCAAUACGACUGCCAGCGAGCAAAGCAAGAGAACCCAAAGGUUAUUCAAGCAUGGUUUAACACCGUACGAGCCACAAUCGAACAAUACGGGAUCCUACCGGACGAUAUCUACAACUUUGAUGAGACUGGCUUUGCAAUGGGCCUUUGUGCACAUCAGAAAGUGAUUACCAAGUCAGAAUCAUGUGGCCGAAGACCAGUUCUACAGCCAGGAAACCGUGAAUGGGUUACUGCAAUUGAGUCAAUCAGUGCUUCUGGAUGGGCACUUCCACCAACACUUAUCUUUAAGGGCAAGCAGUAUAACCAAGCAUGGUUUACAGGCCUUCCGCCCGACUGGCGAUUUGAAAUUAGUACAAAUGGAUGGACAACUAAUGAAAUUAGCCUUCGCUGGCUUCAGAAGCAAUUUAUCCCGUCAACAGAGCAUCUUUUCGAGCAGCAGGACUAG